GCCUCAUGCAUAUGCAGCAGGAGGCGAGUCUAUUUAAAGCCGGUGUUGGCGCCACCGCCUCCUCCUGUCCUGUUCCUCCCUCCAGGCCCUGCCCUGCGCUCGCUGUCUGCAAAGCCGGAGCCCCAGCAUGUCAGACAAGCUGCCUUACAAAGUUGCUGACAUCAGCCUAGCAGAAUGGGGUCGCAAGGCCAUCGGGAUCGCGGAGAAUGAGAUGCCAGGGCUGAUGAAGAUGCGGGAGAUGUACGCAGCAUCGAAGCCACUGAAAGGAGCGCGUAUCGCAGGCUGCCUUCACAUGACUGUGCAGACCGCAGUUCUGAUAGAUACUCUGGUGGCUCUGGGUGCUGAGGUACAAUGGUCAAGCUGCAACAUUUUCUCCACUCAGGACCAUGCUGCUGCUGCCAUUGCUAAAGCCGGUAUUCCUGUGUUUGCCUGGAAAGGGGAGACUGACGAGGAAUACUUGUGGUGCAUCGAGCAGACCCUCUAUUUCAAGGAUGGGCAGCCACUGAACAUGAUUUUAGAUGAUGGUGGGGACCUCACCAACCUGGUUCAUACCAAACACCCGCAGCUCCUGAAAGGAAUUAAAGGCAUCUCGGAGGAGACAACUACCGGGGUUCACAACCUGUAUAAGAUGAAAGCCAAUGGGAGCCUGAAAGUGCCAGCCAUCAACGUCAAUGAUUCUGUCACCAAGAGUAAAUUCGAUAACCUUUACGGUUGCCGAGAGUCCCUUAUUGAUGGCAUUAAACGUGCCACGGAUGUCAUGAUUGCUGGGAAAGUGGCCAUCGUGGCAGGCUACGGUGAUGUCGGCAAAGGUUGUGCUCAAGCCUUGAGAAACUUUGGAGCCAGGGUCAUCAUCACGGAAAUUGAUCCAAUCAACGCGUUGCAGGCAGCCAUGGAAGGUUAUGAGGUUACGACCAUGGAAGAGGCUUGCAAAGAAGGGAACAUCUUUGUCACCACCACGGGAUGCACUGAUAUCGUGCAGGGCAGACACUUCGAGCAGAUGAAGGACGAUUCCAUUGUAUGUAACAUCGGCCACUUUGAUGUGGAAGUUGAUGUGAAGUGGCUAAACGAUAACGCGAUGGAGACGGUGAAUGUUAAGCCCCAGGUGGACCGAUAUACAUUGAAGAACGGCCGCCACAUCAUACUUCUAGCAGAAGGCCGACUCGUCAACUUGGGCUGUGCCAUGGGUCACCCCAGCUUUGUUAUGAGCAACUCCUUCACCAAUCAGGUGUUGGCACAGAUUGAGCUGUGGACCAAUACUGACAAGUAUCCCGUGGGAGUCCAUAUGCUGCCAAAGAAGCUGGAUGAAGCCGUAGCGGCCGCUCAUCUGGAUAAACUGUGCGUGAAGCUGACGAAACUGAGUGACAAGCAGGCCAAGUACCUGGGAUUGCCGAAAGAAGGGCCCUUCAAGCCAGACCACUACAGAUACUGAGCAGCCGGCGCUACCCAAAGAACAAUGUGCAGGGAUAAAAAUCUUCCAAAGCUCUGGGCUGUGUGCUGGGAUUCUGAGAACAAGUCGUUCCCCUUCCCCCUCUCACCACACACCCACACUCUUAAACAGGCAUGGAAACUCUCUAGUAAAGGCAUCAUCCUCUCAUUGAACCAGUUGCUUAGCUAAUGCAUUAGUCGAGCAGAUCCCAUACACACCCAUAUUGCCUUGUAAUGUGAGGGGGGCUGGGUUGGGAGUUCUAAAACACUGCUAGUAACCUGCAGUCUGGAUAUGGGAACAGGCUUAACCAAGUGACUUGUACCAGAGACGGUCCCCUGGUUCUAUGCAGUAGUUCAUGAAAGCUGGAUGGAUGAGACGAAUACCCAGUGGGCCCUGGGGCAUUCCACAGCACGCUGUGUCCCCUGAGGUUAGCGUGACGCUUCUUGGUUCGCUUACCCUGGGAGCAGCCUAGCUACUUAAUCAAAGAUGUUAGUCUGGGAGUCGAUUUCCUGGGUCUAGUCCAGCUGCCUCCAUCCCUCUAUAUUCAGCCUCCCUCAUAAUUCUAGAGAGGCAUGGGUGACUCGGCAGCCUUUUCAUUUGUGAUGUGAUUGGCUCCAAAAGGCUGUCGAAGGGGUGGGUGGAGGGGAGGAUAUUUGGUUCUCUGAAACCACCAGUAGUGUGCUCCUGCCCUGACUUGGUUUUAUGAAGUUGUGAGGUCCACUGUAUCUUGUGCCUGUCAUGGUGUCUUAAAGCGCUUUUAUUAAAAACCCACAACUGUGAUCUGA